AUGCCAUUCUUAUGGCAUGACGAUCCACUGGCAGGGCUGCCGGAGAUCGCGCCGCACCCGGGCCGAUCUGAAUCGUCUUCCUCGGCCCUCUCAUCUCCGCCUACGAGUCCGAUCGUCCGGCAAAUUGACACUGAUGUUGACGAUAUCCUCAGAAAUUACCGGCCAAUCCAUUCCGGCGACGAUACUGCCAAGGUACUCAGGGCAUUUGUUGAUAAUCUAUCUAGCCAAGGUUUGUCAACGUUGCAAUCCGAGAUCCACGCUACGAACCCCCACCAGCUGCGUCAACUACUGGCUGCUGGUGGUGGCAAACAGCCCCUAGUUACACCUUCGCCUAACGAGUCUGAAUUCGCCAUGACCCAGAUUGAAGGGUCGAGCCAAACAGCGCAGAAGUCGCUGAAAGAAGAGUGCCUCCGCAGAGAUGGGAAUCGAUGUGUUGCCCUGGGCGUCAUCGACUCUACGGCCUAUACUAAUAUGCCUCCAGGCGAACGUAAAGGCACCAAAUGCGCUAAUACCCAAUGCUCGUAUAUUCUACCAUUCGCGCUUAGCAAUAUCGACAAGAGGAAUGCCACGCAAACCAAGAACCAUGAAACGACAUGGUGGGCACUUUACCGCUAUUUCCCAGCUUUAAAGAACAAGAUUGGGGCCAAUACGAUCAACCAGCCAAGCAAUGCCAUCACACUAAUCUCGGAACUUCACAGAGAGUUUGGUCAGUUUACAUUUGGAUUCAAGGCUGCAAACGAGAUCUUAGAUGACCCCCCCUACUAUACAUCCCAGGUCCCGGCUUUUGUUAUCGUUCCCCAAGAAGAUGCUGAGGUCCAACGGCCUGACCCGGACAUACUUGAUGUUCACAUGCGUAUUGGCCGUAUUCUUCAAUUAAGUGGUAUUGGUUUUGCCAUCCGCCAGAGCUUCGCAAGGGGAGGCCGUCCUCUCAAGUAG